AUGGUGCAAGUGACAACUCUCGCGGCCGCUGUAGUCUUAGGAGCUGCCGCUUCGACUUCUGCUGUCGAGCGAUGGUACAACCCCCAUGGCGUGAACCCUGGUCUGAAGAAUAUCCAACACGUUGUGCUCUUUAUGCAAGAGAACCGCGCCUUUGAUCACUACUUUGGUACUAUGGCCGGCGUCCGAGGGUUCCAGGAUCCAAAUGUCCACGUCUCCAAGAACACGAACAAGGACGUGUUUCACCAGCCUGUGAGCAGGAAUAUGUGGAACGGCGAUACUUUGCAACCUUUGGGAUACUUUCCGCCCAAGGAUGUGAAUGAGCUCAAACCCUAUUAUCUUGCAUGGCAAGGUGGUGAUUGGGCAAACCGCACACAAUGCAUGGUUGCUGGUACGAAUGACUGGCGCCAAAAUCAUGCGGCGUAUAAUCGCGGUGAGAUGGACAAAUGGGCUAUGGCCAACACUCCGUAUAGCAUUGGUUAUGUUCACGAAGCAGACAUUCCUGUGCAGUACAAAUUGGCUGAAGCAUUCACUGUGGGUGAUAUGUACUAUGAGUCGAUCAUGUCGUCCACAGCCCCUAAUCGUGUAUCAUGGUUCUCAGGCACCAUUAAUCCACCUAAAGGCAGCAAGGUCAACGGCACCAACAAGCACAUGGGCGGCCCCACGUUGGACAACCGUGAUUCGGUUGGCUGUGAAAGGACUGACUCAGGCAAACCAUUUUCGUGUGUGCCACUGCGAUGGAAAACGGUGCCAGAAUACCUGCAGGAAGCAGGUAUCUCGUGGCGUGUCUACCAAGACAAGGAUAACUUUGGUGACGAUCCAUUAGUGAUGUGGAAGCAGUACCAGACCUCGGCAAAGAAAAAAGGCGAUUUGGCUCAGCGCGGCACUUCGUUCCCUGGUCUUCAGAAGUUUUUUGAUGAUGCGCGCGAUGGCAAACUCCCAGAAGUGUCGUACAUCGUCGCCCCUAUGCAGCUGUCCGAGCAUCCUCCAUACAUGCCGAUGGAUGGUGCAUGGAUCCAAGGCGAGGUAGCCAAAGCCGUGAUGCAUGGUAAAAACUGGGACUCAACUGCACUUAUUUACUCGUAUGAUGAAACAGGUGGCUGGGCUGACCACGUUGUCAGUCCCUACCCUCCUCAGAGUGAGGAGAGUGAAUGGAUUGAGGACCCUUACGAUAAGUCUAACGGCAUAACACCCAUUGGUCCCGGCUUCCGUCUACCAUUUUAUAUCGUCUCGCCAUGGACCAGCGGUGGCCACGUAUUUACGGAGCAUGCAGCCCAUGAAAGCCAAAUUAUGUUCUUGGAGCAGUGGGCCUUGGCACAUGGGAAGCCAUUCACCUCUGAAGAGAUCCCUACUUGGCGCCGCGAGCAGCUUAGUGACCUGGUUAAAGCAUUCGACUUUAGCAGCAAAGACACGAGUGUGCCUGAGGUGCCACAUGUUCGAAAGCCAUCCCAGGACAUUUUUACCGGUCAUUUUAAUGGCGCAGAUGUCUGCCAAGCGAUUCACUUGAAGAAGGUUCAACCAGAUAUCCCAUACAAAAAGCUUAAUCCCAGCAACUCGAUGGAAGUCAAUAAGGGAUUCAAGCGUCUGCGCGGUGAUGUCACGGAAGGUCGUCGCCUCACAUUUGAGGCCCACAACCGUGCUCUUAGUCACAGUGGUUCGAAGCUCAAAUCAAGCUCUUCUAGUAAAGAGCACGACCAAAAGGAUCAGCUUUUCGUCGUGCACUGGCAAGGAGUGAAUCCAAAAGACAAUCGUUUCCGCAUUGCCACAACUGAUCAACUGUACAUUACAAAGUCUCUUUCUCUGUCCAAGAACGAGGAAAAAGCCGCCCUAUUUUCGCUAAAGGAUAUGGGAAAUGGAGUUGGGUAUAGUAUUUCAGAGCUUGACUCGGGAAAGCGCCUGCAGCUGAACGAGGACGGCUCCGUUGCACUCGGUGGCGACACUUACUUCCAAAUCUACAGCGUCACUCUCUGA